CGUCAGCAACAGUGCCACGUCAGCAACAGUACCACGUCAGCAGUGCCACGUCAGCAAACAGUGCCACAGUGCCACGUCCGCAGUGCCCCGCCACCAUGACGAGCUCAGUUCUGGGCAUGCCAGGCCAACUGGCAAAUGAGUCCAUUGCCGAGUACCGACAACGUUUCGAAACUCAGCUUGCACUAAUCGCGGUUGAGGAACAGCGGCAACUGGCAGCCGAGGCUGUCUGCCUACAGGCUGAAGCGGCGGCAACAGCUGAGAAGCAGCGGCUUCAGGCCGAAGCAGACGCAGAUACCCAGGCACGCCGCAAGGAAGCCCGAGAUCUGCUACAGCGGCAUGAAGCCACUAGCAUCGAAAAGCUCAAGUUUUGGCACUUUGAACCAUCCGAGGGCCACGACGACGCAACACCGGAGGAGCAAUACAAGGAAUUCAUGGCCAAGCUCGUGACCCGGUUGGUCUACACUUGUAACCACCUGCAGUCCGAGCUGGCGAACCUCCAGCGGGCCGUACGGAACCACAAGGCUCACCACGAGGAUGUAACAGGGGCACUUGAUUCCUGUGUACAGGACUUGGAGCAAACUGCACCAAGACCGGAGGCUGGCGAGUCCAGCAGUGCACCCUCUGCCCGCCAACUGGAGGAACGCGUCGAUCACGUAGUGGCAAUGCUAGGUGAUAUUAGCACCUUCGCAGCGCCAGCCACCAUCAGCCAGCAGCUGGACACACUGAAGACCGAGAUCAGGCAGCGACAACAGCCGUCUGACCUCGAUCGCAGCACCAGCACGGCGAAGCAUUACAAAAUGCCAACGUUCCGGAUCGAGAAGUUUGAUGAUUACACACAUCAAGACCCAGUCGUCUGGUGGCAAGGAUUCACAACGGAGUUGGGGAUUCAUGAGGUCCCCGAACAUCUGUUCAUCGGCGCACUGUUCCUUAACACCAAGGGAGGAUGCCAGAUAUGGCUCAGCCAUAUGGCAACCGUCCACGGCGUUCAGGUCUUCGACCUACACAAGAAGGUCUCCUGGGAGGAUCUGACAAAAGAAUGGAAGAAACGGUUCAUUGUGGACGACGCCCGACGCUCGCCAUCAACCGCAUCUUCACGAUGGCUCAAGGAAACACAGCGACGCGUGAGAACUGGUCCACGGCCGCAGCAUGUCGCUGCGGUCCAAACGGACAACAUUGUGGAAGACCCGGCAGCCACCCAAGCGUCACGUGAGGGAGAUCAGGUGGCUGCUGUCCAGCCGCGAAGCAACAACAAAGUCCCGAGGAAACGGGAAGGCGAAAACCCCAUCGCCGGCCAGAAACGGACAGCCAGCACCAUGGGUCAAGUUUCACUUGACCGAGGCGGAAUACAAGUGACGCGGCCGCUACGGCUGCUGCUAUUGGUGCAACAGCACCAAGCACAAGACCUCCCAAUGCCCGGAUCAAGGCAAGGAGGAUGUUCGGCCUCGUAUCAACUCCGGAAACUGAGUUCCGCGGGAGUACCAACUCCGUUGAUGGACGCCAGAGUAGAGGUUGUUGACCUUCACGCCUACAUUGCGAAAAUCGACCGCGAGUUCAAGACACAACGAUACGACGACAUCGACGCACCAUUGUUAUUUGUACGCAUUCAGAUCGGAGAGGCGACCUGCAGCACUUUGAUCGAUUGCGGAGCAUCUCGCAACUACAUGAGCCAGGACUUUAUCGUACGUGCCGGCCUUGGCCCACGCGUCCGGAGGAAGUCCCAGCCUACGCAAGUCACGUUGGCGGACGGUCACAUGCACAAGUCAAUAGACCGGUGCAUAGACGACGUCCCCGUGUACUUUGCCCCGCAUGCAAGCGAGGCGGUGUCCUUCGAUAUUUUGGACACCAAAUUCGGCAUGAUCUUGCACAUGUCAUGGCUGCGAAGCGAGGAUCACCCGGUGAACUUCUACCGCCGCACCGUUCACGUUCGUGAUCGGAACGGAGUACUAGUCCCAUGCACGGUGCCUCCUCCUCACCCUUCGAUCAGCUGCCACGUGGUGUCCGCCGCAAGCAUGCGAGCUUCCAUCAUCAGAGACGACAUCGAGGAGAUGGGGGUGUGUUUUCUCCACGCCCUCCCACCCCAUGACGCUUCAUCGACGGACUCAUCUUCGGACCCACGCAUCACCGAGCUUCUCGACGCCUACGGCGACGUCCGGAGUUUGGGCGAGCAUGUGGAACACCUGCGCACCGUUUUGGAGCGGCUACGACAAGCCAAGUACAAAGCUAACCGCGACGUCUUGGAACAACACGACGGCAACGACUGGCACCCUAUGGAGUAUUUCAGCCACAAAGUGCCUCCCAUCAAUUCGCUUGAUGAUGCCAGGAAGAAGGAGUUGCUCGCGUUCGUGAUGGCUCUCAAGCAAUGGCGGCACUUUCUCCUUGGGCGUCGUAGGUUCACAUGGGUCACGGACAACAACCUAUUGACCUACUACAAGACGCAGGAUACGGUGAGCAUCACGAUCGGACGAUGUAUGUACUUCAUCGACCAAUUUGACUUCACACCGAAACAUCUCCCCGGCCUCUCUAAUCGCGCAGCAGAUGCACUCUCGCGAAGACCUGAUCUUUGCGCUAUGACACAUCAUGCCUUCGCAUUCGACGAGGAACUCCAGCGACACUUCAUCCGGGGCUAUGAGUCUGAUCCGGACUUCGCCACGUUGUAUGCGCAGCUAUCUUCGGAUCACCCGCCGGCCAGCCGGGUGCACCGAAGUGUUGUAGGCGAACUCGAUGUCGGGGAGGCGGUCAACCCAAUCUUUCUGGUCGGGACAGAUGAGCGUACGAACCAUCAUUUGAGCGGUUUGAUGUGCCCGCUUCGUUUGCCCGUUUGUCUGUGGAUGCCGAGCCGAACUUGGUUUCAUCUUCGUGUCGAACUCCUGCAUGAGAGCAGUCCAAAAUGUCGACAUGAAGCGAGUGUCGCGGUCGCUGACUAUGUCUUCCGGUACAACGUGGCCGCAACUCCAACCGGUGUGCAAGAGGCAUGCCAGCUCGGGAGCCGUGGAGUAGUACUUGCAAGGGAGAAAACACGCAUACUUACUCAAACGGUUCACAACCGUGAGGAUGCCGUCGUGCCUGAGGCGAUCGCGGGGAAAUGGUCCAGUGACAUCCAUGGCAAUGGAGAGGCCGGGUUCCCGUGGGAUAGGCAUCGGGCGCAACUCGCCGUAGGGAUUGCGAUUGCGGGGCUUGCUUCGUCGGCAAACUUCGCAAGAGUCGCAAUACCGAGUGACAUCGGUAAUGAGGUCGGGCCAUCGGAAUCGUUGUCGAAGCCGUGCAAUAGUGCGGUUGACUCCGAAAUGGCCGGCGAGUCGCGAGUCAUGGUACUCCCCGAGAAGGCGAGUCCGAAGACGACGGUCUCGUGGGACACACAGUAAGUCCUUGCCUCUCGAGUGGAGGAGCAAGUACCCGUCACCACGGUGGACGGAAAGGCCGACAUCAACGCCGCUUGCUCUCCCGCUUCCAUCCGGAAGUACAGGGAAUUGCUGGCUCAAGCCCGCACGAAUAUGCAAAAGGCUC